AUUAGACAAAACAGCUGCUUAGGCUGCAUCAUCAUCAUCAUCCAAACAUCUCACGGUUUUCUGUGUUUGAUUUCCUGUGAGCGGUUAGAACACACUCUGUGUGUGUGAGAGAGAGAGAGUGUGUGCAUGCAGGCAUCCUGUUCAAGACUGGCAGUCUUGCAUACAGCGAUGACGCUCACUCUGACGAAAACCAAAGUGGAAACAAGAAGCCAUUUCGUGUGCAUGAGGUGCGACUUAACUAACAAGUGCUGGGAGAGAUACUGAUGAUAAAAGAAAAGAUGUCUCAAAGCUGUGUUCAUCUGAUUGCUUUUGCUCUGGUUGCCGUGUUGUGCGUCUGCAUGGUCACUGGUGUUUCAGGCUUCACUACAGAAAACAGUAUGACUUCUGAUAGUUUACGGACCACAGCGGAAUCUGUCUCAGAUUAUCGGAAUGAUACUGAGGAAUCUGAGGCAGUGAACACCACCGCUAGCCCAGACACAUCACCUCCUCACAGUAACAACUCACACACCAAUGAUCACAGCAAUGAAAAACACAGUGAGCACAUCACAAACACCAUGGGAUCUACCACCAUGGGAUCUACCACCAUGGGAUCUACCACCAUGGGAUCUACCACCACGGCAUCUACCAUCACGACAUCUACCGCCAUGACAUCUAGCGCCAUGGCAUCUAUCACCAUGGCAUCUAGCCCAGGCUCCUCUGGUAAAGCUGCAGGGAUCUUCUUUCUCAUUUUCAUCUUCAUUAUCAUCAUCGUCCUUGCUGUCAUCUUGUACAUUCUUUGGAAGAAAGGAAAGAGAUACUCCUUUGACCUGACGAUCAGCGAGCAUGACACUCCGCUCCGGAGCAUGGAGCACACGGGUACCUUCGAACAAACCAAAGGAUCAACUAUGAACCUGGACUACGUCAAGGAGGACAAUCCUAACAAAAACAGUCCCGUAGCCAACGGAUGUUCUGGAGAGACGGCUGACCAGACUCCGUGCUCUGAGCAGCAGAGUGGUCCGGAAGAGGAUAGCUUCACGUCUGAUUUGAGUCUGAGUUCGCCGGUGAAGAAGGUGGAGUUUAAUCUUGACCUGGAGCUGAUUGGUGGAGAACCUGAACCUGUGAAACAAGCCACAGACGAAACACCUACGGACAACGACAACGAAAACAACAACAACGACACGGACACCGGGAACGAUUCUGCGGACCACUUUACUGAAAUUAAUUUGGAUGACACACAGUAAAACCCAUACACACUUUGCAGACCACAGGGGUUCCCACUGCAAAAGCCUGUCCAUUAUUCCCAAAAGAUAUUGUUUCAAUGUUAUAAAUUCUUCUGUGACAAAUAAAAUAAGUGGCGAAAAGUGUCUAUUACGAUAAUGAUAAAUGCUUACGUACGGGGCCCCCUGGUGGCUCAGGGGCCUAAGCAACUGCUUAAACUGUGUUCACACUAGCAGGUGACAAGUCCAUUAUGUCACAAUGCUUGCUGUCUGUUGUGGGUGUGGCACGAGUGCUACUGUUGUCACUUGUGAGUGUUUACCUUCCAUCCAGCGAUUUUAGUUCCUAUGAGAAAGUGUAGUAACCAAAAUUGUGUAACCUACAGCACACGAUUUCCUACACUGGAAUGUAUUUAAAAUGUAUUCAAAUAUUUUGAUGCGUAAAAAAAAAGAUUGAAACAGAUUGCUUGACGCACGUCAUGUGCCAUGCCAUUUUAUUUGCUUUGUUAGCAGAUAAGCAGUACUUACCUGUGUACUACUAGCUAUGCACACUUAGCAGAGACAACGCCAUUUGCCUGCUGUAUAUAUCAUAUUCUAAUUAGUUAAACACAAAUGAAGUAACACUCUAAUCAGUGUGAAAAUUGGUUGUUUGAUUGACAUGUUAAGUGCUUAACUUUGUAGUAGCUUUUAGCAUAUUAGCAGUGCAAGCUAACUGUACUAGCUACAAACACUCCUCAGAGUCAACAUCAAUCUCUGCUACCUUUCUUCCAAGCUUUAUUUUUCUUCAUAAUGUCACUAUAUACAUUUAAUGAGAGGUCAUUUUUUCAAGUUGAGGCCCAUAUGAUGUAAUUACUGUGUAGGAGCUAUAGUUGUGAGAGGAGAACUAAAAAAAAAAAAAACACACAAAAAAGCCGUACCACACUCACCAUAUGAUCAUUCCGAGGAAUCAUUUGAGCCUAUCGAAUUGUUAGAUUUGUUACUUUAUAGAGUAUAGAGUCAUACCUAAUUUGCAUCAAGUUGAGAAACAAUCACGUCGCAUGCCACUUUGUCACUGCCCCUGUUGCACAUUGCUGCACAUACAUAGGAAAACGAACCUGUUGCUUUGCCGCUCGUUAGUGUGGAUGCAGGGUUAUACCGCUUGCAGUUUUAAACAACCCUGGCCAACCCUGUCUCUUUGUUUUUUUUAAAAAACAAAUUCAAUGUUAAGUAUUUUUCAAAAGUACAUGAGCUAGAACACCAGGGAGUUUUUAGCUGUCUGAACAUGAAAACUUUUAUUUUUAUAUUUUUUAAUGAAAAUAUGCGAUAGUACACUUGAUUCAAAACAGAAGAAGUCUAAAAAAAAAAACAUGAUCUUUGUUAUUAAUGAAACUGUAUGUGUUAGUGAUGGUUUGACUAACUACAACUGGAUGUUACAUAUAGAUUAUUAUUUCUUUCAGUGUCAUAGACAAUACCUGAAACUAAUAUAAUCCUAUUUUUAUAUUUGAAUGUUUGCUAUUGUACGACUUAAAUUCCUUCAUCAUUCUCAAAACUGUAAAAAUUGUUUACUGAAUAAACUGUAGCAACAAAAA